AUGCAGUCUAAAUAGCAAGGCAAUAAAAGAAACAAAAAGUAGCAAUAUAAACAAGCUUUCUAGAACACCAAAAAGUCUGCAGAAUUGCAGAGAGGCUUAACAGGAUUCUUGGUCACAUGUGAUAGAGCUCGAGAGGAAAAGUGCGUAAAAGAAAUCUUUAAUAUCCUUAAUGACUGGAUUGAGAAGCUUUACCCAGAUCUUGAUAUUGAUGGCAUCUUAAAAGAAUCUCAUGAGUAGAGAAUGAAACUUAAGUAAGAGAAAAAAGCUCAAAAUUCAAAGUAAGAUGAUUAAAAGAUUCAUGAGGAAUAAGCCAAAUUAGAGGAAGAAUAAAAGUAAAUUGCAAAUUAAAAUGAAUAGAAUUGUAAUUUUCAAGAAAUGGAAGACAAGGCAAUAAACAUUGAUUAAUAAAUUAGAGAUGAGAUUAAUCAGAUGAAAAGACAAAGAAUAUUUUUCGUAUUUGAGACUGGUACUGCAGGGGUCGUCUUUAUUAAACUCUUAGAAGAGUUUAAAACCUACAUUGAUGUGAAUCUUGUUGGAAUGAGUAUUAUAAAUCAUGUAGUCGAGCAUAAGGAAUCAAACUCACGAUAUGCUUUCAGAUUUAUCCCUGUUGAUUUAAUGUGUAAAGCUGGCAAGUUUGAUGAGUUUAAGGUAAUGGCUGAGCCUAUUAUUAGGAAAUAUUUCACCCCUCUUGGGGAGAAUUAAGAAGUUAAUGAAAGCAAUUAUAAGACUUGGUGUCUUGAAUUUAAAAAGAGUAAUAAUGAAAGCAUUUAAAAAGCAUAAUAUUUAGAUUUCUUCUUUAACUUAAUUGAUGGCAGAAAAAACCCUGUUGAUCUCAGACAUGCUGAUAUAAACAUAAUCAUUGAAAUAUUUAAGGAUAUAUUAAUCUUGGCGGUUAUCCCAAAGUACAAAGAACUCAAGAAGUGCAAUCUUUAAUAGCUUGUUAGAGGAGAAUAGGCUUAAGACAGUGAUGGUGAACCAAAGAGAAAAGUUGUUAAAAUUAGUGAUUUAUUAGGAAAGAGACAGUAAACCCUAGCAAAUGAUGAUAUUUAGAUUUAAAAGUAAAUUAAGAGUCCAAAUAAUGAGGUUGAGAUAUAAUCUAAAAAUGAAGAAAUUUAGCAAGUCAAUAAUGAAUUUGGUUUACAUUAGGAGAGCAGUGAUAGCGAAGAUGAAGAGCCUAGAUUAUUGUGA